UUUUCGCCAGGGAAGCGGGGCAGAACGAUGCCGAUCCAAACUCUCGGCUCGUGUGUGGUGCUUCUUCUUUUUCUGGUCACCGUCGCUGCAGGACUUAAAGAAAACAGAACAAAGCUUGGUAAGAACUCGUUUCAAGGGAACAGCGAAAUGACCAGUAUGAAGAGUACCGCGGUACCAGAAGACAUACAAUCCCUGUACAACCUGUCCCGCCUUCACCACGACUACAUACUGGAGCACCGCCACUGGCUGCUGGAGCUGGAAACCAACCUCGGCGAGGAACGCCAGAAACGCUUGAAUCUGACCUGUAGGGCUGACAAGGAUCUCGUCACGCAAUAUCGGAAAAUAACCCAGCUGGAUCUAGCCCUCAGGAAUUUAAAACAAACGAUCAGAAACGAGUUAGAAGAGAGCAAGAAACAUAUUAAAAAGGUAGAAAAUGAGACAGCGCAACUACGGAGGUUGUAUUUCGAAGAGGAGAAAGUCCACAAAAACGCCUCCUCGGACUUUGAAAGCGUCAUUUUGGAGCAGCAGAAACAGAUCGCGGCACUCGAGCAGUUGCUGUAUGACAUUGGGGAGGAACUUAGCAAAGAAAUCGAAACGAAGGGAUUAAAGAGUAAGUUUAACGCUAUAAACGAGGUCUUACCACCAACGACGACGAUGCAGCCACCGCCCCUGCUGAAUCCUAGUCAGAACGCGCAUGUGGCGGCUCACAGCGGCAACGGAUUGCCUUCAGUGAAUCGUCAGACAGAGCAAGCGCUGCGCUUAACCAAUCUCCAAAAAUCUCUUCUAGAGGAACGCGCAAGGCGCAUCAAUUUAACUCUGAUCGUUCAAAAGCAAGAACAGCGCAUCAUACAGCUAGAAAACUACAUUUCUAAAUCCAAACCAAGAUUUUCGUUCGGAAACAAUUUUCGCUUUCUCGAUUCUCAGCAGAACAUCAACAGACCUGGUAAAGGGGAUCACGUGAAAUGUGAGCAGCAAGAGAACCGUAUUGACCAACUGGAAGCAGUGUUAGCGGCCGAAAAAAGCAGCCAUGAAUCAAAGAGUAAACAGUUGGCAGAAUUGUCCAAAGCCUUGACAAGAGAAGUAGAGCAGCGAUCCAGAGCUGAAGAACAAUUUCAGUCAGCUUUGCAAGCGUUGAACAAGCACAAAUUCGUGGAUGUGUAUGCUGAAGGAAUGGGGCUAGACGAUACGCAGGGUCUCACCAAACAAGCUUUUGCAAAAGUUAACGGAAGGAUGUACUCCAACCGCUUCAACCGCGGGUUCAACUUUCUGGUCCUUAACGGCACCUCAGGGGCCAAAAUGGCGCACGUGUGCUUCGAUCCCUUUGGCAAACCAGACGAAGACAACGCAUUGUUCCACUACGUGAAAAAUAGUAUACCGUUUGGUGCUAUAGUGGUGGUGUUUACCUUUGAUGAAGCUUCUAAAAAUUCGGUAAUGGCCAAGGAGGCGUUAAAAAUGCUUGGAGCGUCCGAUGUGAAUCUGGCUUACAGAGAUGCCUUUGCCAUGCUGGGGUUCAGAGGUCACUACAAACCCCACUGGGUCCAGCAAAGCCUGGCCAAGAGACACCAUGGUCCAGCGGUGGUCAACUCCAGGAUACCGCUCAUCUACUAG